AUGCAGACCAAACGCUUCCUCGGUCUAAAUGGCACACAGCUACAGGUCGCCAUCGGCUUCCUGGCCGGCAUGGACUUUUUGCUGUUUGGUUAUGAUCAGGGUGUCACAGGUGGACUAUUGACACUUGAAUCCUUUAACAAAUAUUUCCCCGAGAUCAACACGUUGGAAUCGUAUACCGAGGGCUGGAGUUCAGCAGCGAAAAGCAACCAGUCCACACGACAAGGAAUCACCGUUGCAGCAUACAAUCUGGGAUGUUUUGCAGGCUCAAUCCCCACAAUCUGGAUCGGAAAUAUCUUGGGUCGUCGCAAGGCUAUCUUUGUCGGCUCGUUUAUCAUGUGCAUCGGUGCGAUUCUGCAAUGCACGUCCUACGGCCUGGCGCAGUUCAUUGUUGGCAGAUUGGUCACUGGCUUUGGUAAAGCUAACUGGAAAAUAUCAUCGAAUACCCUGCUAAAGCAUACCCUAGGAAAUGGAAUCAAUACUUCUACAGUCCCUACUUGGCAGUCCGAAUGCUGCAAGUCCCACCGUCGAGGCCAGAUGGUCAUGAUCGAAGGUGCUAUGAUUACUUGUGGUAUCACAAUCAGUUACUGGAUCGACUUCGGCUUGAUGUUCGCCGACCCCAACGAGGUCGCGUGGAGAUUCCCACUAGCGUUCCAGAUCUUCUUCGCCGCAAUCAUCCUCGGCUUCGUCAUGUUCCUUCCCGAGUCUCCCAGGUGGCUGAUCUUGAAGGGUCGUGAGGAAGAAGCGAAGGAAGUUCUUGCUUGUUUGAUGGGCGACGAUACCGAUGAGCUGUUCAUCGAAACCGAGUUCACCGCUAUCAAAGCUACGGUGCUUGAGAUGGCAACAGGCUCUUUCCGAGACAUGUUCACUAUGGGCGAGGACCGACACUUCCACCGCACUAUGUUGGCAUAUGUCAAUCAGAUGUUCCAGCAGAUCUCUGGUAUCAACUUGAUCACUUAUUAUAUUCCGACCCUUUUGGAGAGCCAAGUUGGCUUGGAUGCUACAACUUCACGUCUUAUUGCCGCUUGCAAUGGCACUGAAUACUUCAUUGCUUCCUGGGUGGCGGUUUUCACUGUCGAGAAGUUCGGCCGCCGAUCACUUAUGCUGUUUGGUGCUGUUGGAAUGUCGAUAUCAAUGGCAGUCCUUGCGAUCGCGGAUAGUAUUUCUGCAAGCCACAAACAGACUCCUACGGGUGUUAAAGCUGGUAUCGCUCAGACCGUUUUCUUGUUUGUGUUCAACACAUUCUUCGCCGUUGGUUGGCUAGGAAUGACCUGGUUGUAUCCUGCCGAGAUUGUUCCAUUGAAAAUUCGUGCCCCAGCCAACGCCUUAUCCACUUCUUCUAAUUGGAUCUGGAACUUCAUGGUCGUCAUGAUCACUCCGGUUGCCUUCGAGAGUAUUGGUUACAAAACAUAUGUGAUCUUUGCCGUCAUCAAUGCCGCAAUUGUGCCCGUGGUCUACUUCUUCUUCCCUGAAACCACCAUGCGCUCACUGGAGGAAAUGGAUCGCAUCUUCCGAAAAACUACUAGUGUCUUCAACGUGGUUUCGCUGGCUCGGUCAGAGCCCCAUAUGUAUGGAUCGAACGGUGAACUCCUGCGUACUCUGGACGAUGUCGAAGACGACGCCGUCCGUCGCGCCAGUAUCUUGAACAAAGAGAGCAAGUAUCAGCACCAAGCCAAUACUCAACAUGCAGAGAAACACAGCGAUGGAGACACGAGCGAAGAGAGAUGA